UUAGCUGCUGACAGCUGCCUGGGGCCCUGCCGUCGGGCCUGGCUGGACCUGCCAUCUCUGUUCUCAGUAACGCCCCAACCAUAGCCCUCCAUGGCCCAGAAAGAAGAGGCCGCUCAGGCUGCCGCACCAGCCUCCCAGAAUGGAGAGGAGUUGGAGAACCUGGAGGAUCCUGAGAAGCUGAAGGAGCUGAUCGAGUUGCCACCCUUUGAGAUCGUCACAGGGGAAAGGUUGCCUGUCAACUACUUCAAGUUUCAGUUCCGGAACGUAGAGUACAGUUCUGGACGGAACAAGACCUUCCUUUGCUAUGUGGUGGAAGUGCAGAGCAAGGGAGGCCAAGUUCAGGCGUCUCGGGGCUACCUGGAGGAUGAGCAUGCCACCGCUCACGCAGAGGAAGCCUUCUUUAACACCAUCCUGCCAGCUUUUGACCCAGCCUUGCAGUACAAUGUCACCUGGUAUGUCUCCUCUAGCCCCUGUGCAGCCUGCGCUGACCGCAUCAUCCGAACCCUUGGCCAGACCAAGAACCUACGCCUGCUUAUCCUGGUGGGGCGCCUCUUUAUGUGGGAAGAGCCUGAGAUCCAGGCAGCCCUGAAGAAGCUGAAGGAGGCUGGCUGCAGGCUCCGCAUCAUGAAGCCCCAGGACUUCGAGUACAUCUGGCAGAAUUUUGUAGAGCAAGAGGAAGGCGAAUCCAAGGCCUUUCAGCCCUGGGAGGACAUUCAGGAAAACUUCCUAUACUAUGAGGAGAAAUUGGCAGACAUCCUCAAGUAGGCACUGCUGCACGUCUGCCUGCUGCUACCGAGAGACAGCAGUGAUGUGUUUGGCCAUCUGGGACAGUCUUGACUUCUGACACUUGGAAAUGGACAGCAUUUGAUACCACUCCACCCUCAGAGGACUCAAAUCACAGAGGAUCAAACUACUUCACAUUCUAAGUUAUUUAUGCUUACCCUUCUCUCUGAAGCUUCUCUUGGGAAAGAGAAAAGUAGGCUGCAAGGAUAAAAAUGGCACCCAUAUAUAACAGGCGCCAGGCAUCCCUGGAACUGAAGGUCCGAAUUUCCUCAAAUGCGCCAUUUAAGGAAAAGAGUCUCCGAUCCAAGUCUGUGCAGUGUGUGUCUACAAACGCAUUUUA